CCCGUCGGCCCCACAGCAGCACCCAGGCCUCCCUCCCUGCCGCCCGGCCCGGGCUCUCCCGCUGCCGAGGGCACCUCAUGGAAAAUAAAUAAAUUAAUUCCCCCACUCGCACCCGCGGCAGGGAGAGGAGCCGGCGGCGGCCGCGAGAUUAGAUCCAGCCCGAGCUAGAGACCAGCCUAGUUGGCGAAGAGAUAGAGACCAAAAAAUGCCACCAGCAACAGGAGCGCCAGAUUACCCGCCUCCUGAUGGAGGCUGGGGAUGGGUUGUGGUCUUUGGGGCUUUUAUUUCCAUUGGAUUUUCCUAUGCAUUCCCCAAAGCCAUCACGGUGUUCUUCAAAGAAAUACAAGAAAUCUUCCACACAUCUUAUAGUGAGAUAGCUUGGAUAUCAUCGAUAAUGUUGGCUGUCAUGUAUGCAGGAGGUCCCAUAAGCAGCAUUUUGGUGAAUAAGUAUGGUAGCCGGCCUGUGAUGAUAGCAGGUGGUAUCCUGUGUUCAUUUGGAAUGAUUGCAAGCUCUUUCUGCAAUAGCGUCCUUGAACUAUAUAUAUGUAUUGGUGUGGUUGGAGGUCUGGGUUUAGCAUUCAACUUACAGCCUGCCUUAACCAUGAUUGGCAAGUAUUUCUAUAAGAAGCGUCCCAUUGCUAAUGGAUUGGCCAUGGCUGGAAGUCCAGUGUUUCUGAGCACAUUGGCACCUCUCAAUCAAUUCCUCUUUAAUGCUUUUGGCUGGAAAGGAAGCUUUCUUAUUCUGGGAGGACUUCUUUUGAACUGCUGUGUGGCUGGGUCGCUUAUGAGACCUGUUGGACCGAAAAAAGUCCCGACUGUGAAAAAAGAUGUUGAAAAAGGCACAGGAGAUUCUGCCUUGCACAAAAACAACAAGAAGUCUUGUUGGCAAACUAUGAAUAAGUAUCUAGAUCUGUCCCUCUUCAAACACAGAGGGUUUCUGAUCUAUUUGUCAGGAAAUGUCAUUAUGUUUAUUGGUUUCUUUGCUCCAAUAGUGUUCUUGGCUCCUUAUGCCAAGCACAAGGGAAUUGAUGAAUAUUCUGCUGCUUUUUUGCUAUCUAUCUUAGCCUUUGUAGACAUGUUUGCUAGGCCUUCAAUGGGACUCGUGGCAAACUCCAGGUUUAUCCGGCCAAAGAUUCAGUAUUUUUUUAGUUUUGCUGUCUUGUACAAUGGGGUCUGUCAUAUCUUGUGCCCUCUGGCAAAAAAUUACACUGGCUUGGUGAUAUAUGCUGUAUUUUUUGGGUUUGCAUUUGGAAUGGUUAGCAGCGUUCUUUUUGAGACAUUGAUGGACCUCGUUGGGGCUGCCAGAUUUUCCAGUGCGGUUGGACUUGUCACCAUUGUGGAAUGUUGUCCUGUGCUCAUAGGCCCUCCUCUAGGAGGUUGGUUAGUAGAUGUUACUGGUGAAUAUCAGUACAUGUAUUUUGUCUGCGGAGUGAUUGUGACUGUGGCCAGUAUCUGGUUGUUCAUUGGCAAUGCCAUCAACUACAGGCUUUUGGCAAAAGAAAAGAAACUAGAAGAUGAGAAGCAAAAAGCUCAGAAGAAUGCUGACUCAAAGGAAGUGGAACCAUUAACAAAUAACGAGAAUGAAGAUGCUUCCAGCAGAGCCGACAAAGCUCUUGAAGAUCCCUCAGAAAGAGAAACCAAUAUUUAAUCUGCAUUAUAGCUCAGAAGGCAAUAUUUAUGACUUCCAUUAGGAAUCAAGACACAGGCCAAGUUUUGUGGUAAUAAUGAUCAGUCACAAUAUUGGAUGGGAACAGAUUUUGCCCUAUGGCAAAACUCUAAGUUAAAUUUCUAUCUACAGUUUAUUUAUUUCAGCGAUACAAAAUUAAGAUUACAGAGGUAGUGAUUCCAUGCAAAGGAAUCCAUCAGACUUUGACUCUGGACAAUCAAGAGUCAGGUAAACCAGACUAUAAAGCCUUCCAAUGACAAACAUUUUUGUUUCAAAUGUAUAUCUACUACAAAAGUAUCUUCUACUCUUAUUUGGGAAGAUACUUGCAGUCAUCCUUAAAGUAUGGUUAAAGUCAGUUGAAAUAAUCUGCCCAAACUCUACUUACCACUAAUAUUAAAGAGAAUAUAAGUUCAAAGAUUUUUUUCAAAAGAGGCAGAGUACCUGACUGAAAGCACACAGAAACUCUUUUUGUAUUUUGUAUUCCCACUAGAUAAAAAAUACAUUUCUGUAUAAACAAUUAUAAUGUGGAUGUAAAAGUUAGGGGUAGAAGAUGAACAACUAGUGGGCACCAUCUCUAAAAUACAAUAAACAGCUGAUUUAUAAUAUAUUCCAGAAGUAGUUUCCUCCUGUGAUAGCUGACUACAUUGUACUUCAACAUACGCAUUUGAACACAAAGUACAUUCAGAUCUCACUAAUUCAAACUAAGCUAAAAUCUCCCUGUACAUAAAAGAUUUAAACCCAAGAUUUGCAUUGCUAACAAGUGUGGCAAUUAGUUUGAUUAUGCAUUCCUAUGUGGCUGAAUGAUCUGGAUCAGACUGUGAAGCCUUUUUCCUAAAGGGACUAGAUUCAGAAUCUGCUGAAGUUAAAAGGAUACUAACCCUUGGCUUUUGUGGCCCAAAACAGUUUUGUUGCAAUGACUUCAAAGUAAAUGCUUGGCUUUAUUGGCAAGUCACUAGUUAUUUGAUGGUUUCCUGAGAGGAGAUUUAAGGUCUAACUUCAGGUCUUUGCAGAUAGGUAUCUUCCUACCAGUUCCCUUUCGCAUGAAUUUAGUGAAAAGCUGCUGCUUUUUUUUUGUAAUGCUGCUUUGAGCAAAAAUGCUGCAAGGCAUCUUGACAAUGCCAAUCUAGAAGCUUUGGGAAGGAAGCUUUGUCUGGGAGCUUUGACAUAUCAGUUCUGUGCAGAAUAUUUAGUCUUGUGUGUACAAUUUCACACAGAUACUCAUAUAAAUUAAAAUGUACACAAUUGUCCUCCUCCUUUAGACAAAAAAAAGCAUAAGUCUACAGUUUUACCUUACAGAAAUCAUUUAGCAUUGCAUUUGAAAGCUAAAAGUGCAAGCUUCUGAAGGUAAUAAAUGAAAAUAUUUCUGUUGUAUUUCUAGGUAAGGAAAAGUGCUAUUUGUUUUGGAGAGAUGCAUAUAAAUGCCUCAGAAAUUGUGAAAAUUAAGGAUCUGAUUCAUAAAACAUUUAUGCACUGUUUAUGCAGGAUAAACUUACAUUGAAUUCCAGGAAAAGAAUAUCAUUCCUUUUAGCCCUUUUCUAAGUCUCAAAAAGUUGGAAAUAUAGUGCACAGCUGUGGUAAACACACUUUAAAGUGCCAAUAACAAAAGAAAAAAAUUAUUAGUAAAAUUUAGCAGAGUG